AUGACACGCUUACCUGCUACUCAAUUUCCAAAUAACACCUCUGACUCACAAAUAAUUACAAACACUAUCCCUAAAGAAACACCAAACAACAUCCAAUCCAAUGCAGCAGAAAACAUGGAAUCAGUUCACAUUGAAGAACCACCUAAUACAGUACUCUCACCAUCCAACUCCGUCUCGUCUUUUUACCUCCAGAUUCCUAACACUAAAAUUAAUGAAGAAAAAACUCAUACUCAAAUUCCAAAUGCAAUCCACAAACGACUUAUGUCUGAAACAUCUUCUUCGAAGUCACCCCCAUCGUCCACCAAUUUUACUCUGACACCCCAGAAACGUGAAAACACAAAAACCAUUAAAAAAAUCAAAAUUCGUUCUCACUUUAACUCCUCCACACGUAUGGCUGACGGACCGGAUGAGGGACUUAAUAACUUCUUUUAA